UAUCAUGCCAAAUUUUGUAAGUAUGCGAAGUUUCAUAAGAAUCCGUUGCAAACUCAUGAAAAAAUUUGUGGCCCCAAACUUGACAGUUUUUGCAAAGAAAAUGUUUCCUCAGUCGGGGAAAACCGUUGCUUUGGAGCACAUCUGUCACGCUACGGAGUCACGCGAGGAUUUGUGACAUUACAAUACCAGCUAUAUAAAGUACUCGUUGAAACACGUGCAAGUAGACAAUAUGGCGGCGUCCUCGAAACUCUACACACACGUUACAGUACAGUGUAAACGUUUGUAGGGAAGAUUUCAAAUGUAAAAAGAAGCAUGAAGAAAAGAAAAGGUGGAGAUGCAGACGAAGACGGAAUGCCGCAAAGGAAGAGAAAGGCUUCUAGUCUUGUAGACGAGAGGCAAAACAACAACAAACCGAGUGAGUUUUUGCGCACGGCGAAGGGGUUGUUACAGAGAGAACAGACAAGACUUGCGGGUUUGAAAAAACUUUUGAAUGCACUAAAUGGAUCGCAAAAUAAGGAAUCAGUGGAAAGCAUCGUCAAGGAGGGAGCAGAGUUUCAGGAGAUUUUCAAAAUUUUAGAAGGAGGCCGACACAAUCUUUCUCAGCUUGAGAUCCAAACAUGCCUGGAGAUCUUGGAAAGUAUUUUGUUGUUCACUGCAGCAGAAAGCCAUCUCUCCUCAAGAACAGGGAUGUCAAUAGUACAACGAGUCCUGCAAAGUCACUUAAGUCUACUUUAUUCAUGUUUGAACCCAGCAAAUCCCCCUGAAGUUAUAAAGUCUGCUUUGAAACUCCUCACAGCCAUGGUUACACAGGGGUCCUCGGCUGCGAGGGAAGUUCAACGGUCAUUUGACUUUACCCUUAAGUCCCUCUCCUCACUACCAAACAAACGUGACAGCAAGUCAGUGCAAGAUGUCAGGACUUGUUUCAUAUACUUAUGUCUCUCAUUCUUGAUGUUUGGUGACUUGGCUGUUAUGAAGUGGAUUUUAGAACUGAAAGGAUUCCUUCAGUCAAUAAUGAAAGGUCUUCAGUUUGAUGCACCAGAUGUAGUUAACACUGUGUUGUCAACCCUUCAAGGACGAGUGGUACAAAACUCUGGGAUAACAAAGAAAACCAAAGUGCAGUUCUUCAACUCAUAUGUCCUUUCACAACUGGCUAAUCUUUAUCAGUAUGCUAAGGAUGCCAAGGAGGAGAACAACAACAAGGAACAAUCUGAUAAAACAGUGCGUCACAACGUCCAUGAACUGCUAUUGAAGAUCUGUGGGUCACUCAAACUUGGAAUUUGUUUCUCCAAUACUACUGGAGCAUUUGCUACCAGGAGUAAUAACCCAGUGUUAUUGAAGUUCCUUCAAAGCUUAACUUCAGUAACAACAGAUGUACUCAUCCAAGAACUGGUCAUCACUGUGUUAUCUUGCUGUCAAGAUUUGGUCACACCUUUUCUUUCAAGUUUGUCAGCAACAUAUGAACCCAGGCUUUCUAUGCCAUGGAUUGCAAAUAUGAAUCUGGUAACAAAGAUUUACAUGGCACUGCCUCAGCCUUCACAAAUUCUGGAGAAAUCUGGUUUGAAGAUGUCAGCAGAAAUGCUACCAGCCUUGAUCAAUGUAGUUGUUCCUUUGGGAGUAAGCCGGACAGCCUUAAGUCGUGGAGUUCAGCAUGCUAGUUCCCUGGUGAAGCAUACAACAUUAUCACUGUUAGUCUUGAUCCUCAAGAGAGCACAGAAUACUGCAGAUUAUCUGGCAUCAUCAUCAUCAUCAUCAUCAUCAUCAUCAUCAUCAUCAUCAUCAUCAUCAUCAUCAACACCACAUCAUACAAAUGCUGCAUCACAGUCAGCUGAGACACCAUUACUGCAACAUUUUAGAGAAGAGGUUAUCAAGGCACUACCUGAUGUAACAACCAUCAUUUCACUGCGGCAAAACCUUGUUAGUGGAAAAGCAAAGGCAGAGUCCCAAGAAGAAGAGACAGCCUGUCCCACAGUUCUGCUAGCACAAAGUCUGAAAGUUAUCUAUGGAUUUCUAAUGCUAUGGCCGUCAGUCCUUUCUCAUGUUAACUUUGACCUCAGGAAAUUAUUACCAGGGCAACAGGAGAUGACUUUGCCUCCCAUUGUACAGCAAUUGACUUUGCAGAUUCUACUGCAGGCCCCACCUGGUAGCCUAAAAUGGUAUCAGCAGGUCAGUAUUACCCAGCAAAUUUCAAUUUACAGUACAAGCAAUGUUAAGUUUGAGCACAGCGACAUGUUUAGGAGGCAAGACAUUGUAGGUUUGGUAAGGGGUGGUGCCUUUUGGUUGACAAGCGUACCAGGGGUUGGAACGCUUUAAGAUUCGUUUGUAUAUGUUCAUGCACUGUAUGCUCUCUGCUGGAAAGAUACAAAAAUUCUACAUGUGUACAUGUAUCUCAUGAAAUCAUCUUGGAUACAGUCUGGUUAAAUUACCUCGAAAAACUUGGCAUUUUUUCCAUAAGUUUUUGGGGUAGGAAAACUUACUGUAGGGGUACACACUGGUGUGAUUUCAUGUAAUUUAGAGGAAGGAUUGAAGAGAAAGAUCUAUGUAACAGGUGCUAUUAAAGGGUGUGUAUAGGGCUUUACAAGUGUUUUACUGGAAAAUACACCACUUGUAAAAUUUGAACAAAACAACAUCCCGGUCUCGAGUGCCAUAUUUUCCAUAUCCUCACCAGUGAAGAUAUUGAUGACUUCUUUCAUAUCAUGUUUGACCCUUAAACUGUACUCUUAAAUUUGUUGGUGCAUGAUCGAAAUGUCUUCAUAUUUUUCUCUUUCUUAGGGGGAACCUGAGCCUGAUUUCAUUUUUAACAGAACUUUGAUGCAUGUCAACGUAAUAUCUUUCCCUCUUGUGAUUACUCAUAAUUAAGUUUCCAUAA